GACUUUCAACAAUAUUUAAACCAGUAAAAGAGAAGCUUUCCGCCAUAUAAUUGAUCUGAUCAAGAAACACAAAGAGAGGUAUCAAUAAAAUAUCCAAAGAUGAAGACCAUUAGCACAAGGAAUCUUAUCCUCUGUCUCCACUUACAAAGGCCAUCUGCUUUAUAGUUAAUACAAUUAACUCAGGAAGAUCAACUUUGCUCUAGUAGAGAAACAUGAGCAACGAAAGUACAAAUUGCUCUUUCUUCUUGAAUCUCUUCAUGCUGUUACUUUUGCUGAUUUUUUAUUCUGCAGAUGCUUGUCAAAGGGAAUGUGGAGGAAUCUCUAUCCCAUACCCUUUCGGAAUCGGAAAAGAUUGCUGUCUCGAGAAGUAUUACGAAAUCGAAUGUCGUAACACAACUUCAAGAAAGCUUGUUCCUUUACUUUCUUUUAUUAACAAAGAAGUUGUGAGUAUCUCUCUUCCGAGUGCAGAUAGUCAUUUUGCUUAUGAAGUAUCUGAUCAAGAACGUCAUGAAUCAUUUGGCUUAGUUCGUGUCAAGUUCCCGAUUACAUCCGCCGGAUGUUUCAACGAUGGAAAAGAGUCUGGAGGCGGAUCAAAAAUGAACUUCACGGGUAGCCCUUUCUUCAUUGACAGAUCAAACAGCCUCAUAGCGGCUGGUUGCAACAGCAAAGUGUCUUUGAUGUAUAUAAAGCCAAAAAUGGUAGGAUGCGAGUUGAGUUGCAAUACAAGCAAAGACUCAUAUAGCAAUAGCAUCCCUUUUGUCGAAGCGGGGUGCUCAAGCAACGUUUUACCCUAUUCUCAGGACCAAGGUUGUCCAGAAGAGAUAGCAGAAGAAACAGGAUGCAAUGGUAUCGGAUGUUGCCAGGCAAGUCUACCUAACGAGCCUCAACAAGUUAUUGGUAUCAGAACAGAGAAUAAUGAUGGAAACUCGACAACAAAAGUAGAGUGUACAGUCUCGGCCUUCUUAACAGAUGAGAUCUACGCUUUGCCGAAGGCGACCAAAACAGAACACUUACUUGCUAAGAGAUAUGCUACGGUUAGUCUAGGAUGGGUAAUCCAGACGAGUAAUAGAUCUUUCCUGGACUCCUUGGCCUUGGCCUGCAAAGACAGAGAAGAUUACCGCAAUACUACUAACUUGGAAAGAAAGUGUACAUGCGGCAGAAUCACUAUAUCUGAGACAAGUUAUGCAAACUGUGGAUGCACCUAUGGUUACACAGGUAACCCAUAUGUUUUGAACGGAUGCAAAGAUAUUGAUGAAUGUAAAGUCAAAUUCGAAUACUGUGGAAAGACAGAAACUUGUGUGAAUUUUGAAGGAGGCUAUCGCUGCGUGCGCGAUAAAACUAAAGCGAUAAUGAUAGGCGCGGGUACGGGUUUUGGGGUCUUAGUCCUAGUUGGUGGAUUAUGGUGGUUGAGAAAGUUUCUAAUAAAGAGAAGGAUCACAAAGAGAAAGAAAAAGUUCUUCAAACGUAACGGAGGACUACUAUUGCUACAAGAAUUAAAUACCAGAGAAGGCUAUGUCGAAAAGACUAGAGUCUUCAACUCGAGAGAGCUAGAGAAAGCCACCGAGAACUUCAGCGAAAACAGAGUUCUUGGACAUGGUGGUCAAGGUACUGUGUACAAAGGUAUGCUUGUAGAUGGUAGAACCGUUGCAGUAAAGAAAUCCAAAGUUAUAGAUGAAGACAAACUCCAAGAGUUCAUCAACGAGGUCGUGAUUCUCUCCCAAAUAAACCAUAGACACGUCGUCAAACUCUUGGGAUGUUGUCUUGAGACAGAAGUUCCUAUGUUGGUUUACGAGUUUAUCAUCAAUGGUAACCUCUUUAAGCAUAUCCAUGAAGAAGAAUCUGAUGAUUACACUAUGUUAUGGGGAAUGCGUCUACGCAUAGCUGUGGAUAUUGCAGGAGCUCUUUCUUAUCUUCAUUCUUCUGCAUCUUCUCCAAUCUAUCAUAGAGAUAUCAAGUCAACAAAUAUAUUACUAGACGAAAAGUACCGAGCCAAGGUGGCUGAUUUUGGAACGUCAAGAUCAGUAACCAUAGAUCAAACUCAUUGGACAACGGUUAUUUCAGGUACAGUUGGGUAUGUGGAUCCGGAGUACUACCAGUCAAGCCAAUAUACUGAAAAGAGUGAUGUUUAUAGCUUUGGAGUGAUUUUAGCUGAACUUAUCACUGGAGAUAAGCCUGUCAUAAUGGUACAAAACACUCAAGAGAUAGUUGCCCUUGCAGAGCAUUUCAGAGUUGCCAUGAAAGAGAAGAGACUUACAGAUAUCAUAGAUGCUAGAAUAAGAAAUGACUGCAAACCGGAACAAGUAAUGGCAGUAGCAAAGGUGGCAAUGAAGUGUUUGAGCUCGAAAGGAAAAAAACGUCCGAAUAUGAGAGAAGUUUUUACAGAGUUGGAGAGGAUUUGUACUUCUCCGGAAGAUUCACAGGUGCAUAACCGGAUUGACGAAGAAGAAGAAGAAGAAGAAGAGGAGGAAGAAGUUGUGACGACAAUAAACAGAGGCGAUUCUUGGAGCAUUAGUGUUACUGCUCCAGCCUUAAGUAUUGUGGCUUCAUCUCCUUCUUCAGAUGUUGAACCAUUGUUUCCUCGUCUCACAUGGUGACUGACACUUAAUUUGAUGUUUCUUCUUACAACGUUUGUGUAAUAUAUUUGUAACAUCUAUAUAUCUUGUUACUUUAGUCUUGAGUUUUGUAUUAAGGAACCUGUUAUGUUUGUUUUUGUAAAUUAAUUGUGAGUGAUGAUG